AUGACGACUACUACUCUACCUGCCUUAAACACGCGCAAGGCGAAGAGCUUUGUUUUUGGAGGACACAUCGGGCCACAAACCAAGAAAACCCUAGAGAAGCAUGUACGGCAAAUCUUGAACGGGCCAAACGCAAAAUGGAUGCUAGAUACCCUGGCCGACUUACCACGAUACUGGGAAGCUGUCAUAGAGAAGAUCCCAGAGAUGGCCGGGACGAUGCAAGGUGCCCGUCUACUCGCUGAUUUCGAAUCGUGGCUCCGAAAUGGAACAGCGGCCGGCGAUUCGAUAGCCCCCGAUGCGGAGAUUCCGGAUAUCUGGAUCGGUUUCAUGAUGAUCGCUAUUCAGCUUGACCAAUAUUGGCGGUAUCUAGAGUUCCGAUUCAACGACGCGACUGGAGCUGUAGAAGACCCACAAGCAGAGUUGGUGCGCCUGCAUGAGUCCGGCGGAAGCAACCAUGUAGAGACAGUGGGUUUCUGUGCUGGAAUGAUCGCCGCCGUAGCUGUGGCAAGCUCCCACAACCGACUGGAAUUCGAGAAGUAUGGUGCUGCAGCUCUACGCAUCGGAGUUAUGAUGGCGGCCCUUGUAGGCGCCUGUGAUGAGUGGAGCAAGGGCCAAGGCAAAGGACGAUCCGUCUCGUUGGCCACAGCUUGGAGAACACCUAAGCAGGGCCAAGAUAUGGCACGCAUUGUUGGAUCAAUGUCUCCUGAUUCCUACGUCUCCGUGCUCUUCGACGAGUCUCGGGCCACUGUGACGACUUCGGAGCGCCUCGCGACCAGACUGAUCAGACAGCUACGGGCAGCAGGUGUCACCACGAUACCGCUCGCCUUCAAGGGCAAGCUUCACACGCCUGGUGCGGAACGGGAACGCCACACCAACGCUAUUAUCGACAUAUGCCACGCGAUGCCUGAGCUAGAGUUCCCCGAUGCUGCCGGUCUGGCGUUGCCCACUUACCUUGACCACCCCCAAGGGAAGCCCAUCUCGGGUAAAGAAGUCGACUUGAUUGGCAUCGUGUUGCGAUCGAUAUUGGCAAAUCAAUUAAGCUGGUCUAGUACCGUCUCGAAACUGUCCAUGAACGGGGAGGAUGUCUCGCUUAUUGCCUUUGGUCUUGACCGCCCCGUGCCGGCCACCGCUGUGAGUCGUUUCGGCUCUAAGCAGGUGCAUUUUGAGGAUGUUGAGGACUAUGUAAAUAAGUCUCUCGCAUCCGCAGCCAAAAUACGCGCCAGCAACAACAUUGGUAACAGUUCAAAGGUUAUCGUGCAAGGUCAGCGCACUGAAUCGAGCAAACUCGGUGCCAAGCCGGAAGCGAAGCCGGAACUAAACCCAGACGAAGUGAUUGCGAUAGUGGGCAUGUCUAUAAAGACGGCGGGUGGAGAAGACCUAGAAUCAUUCGCGGAGAUGCUCAAAACCGGAGAGUCGCAGCACCAAGUGAUCACACGUGAACGUAUGGUUCACGACAUGUUGUACCGCGACGAUGCCGAUGCUGACCCCAAGAGAAAGUGGUAUGGCAACUUUAUGCAAGACCCAGAUGCUUUUGACCACAAGUUCUUCAAGCGCAGUCCACGCGAGUCAAUGGCCAUAGACCCGCAAGGCCGACUCUCGCUGCAAGGGGCGUAUCAGGCAGUUGAACAAUCGGGAUAUUUCAACGAAUUAGCAACUACCAGCCCGUCUGAGCACCAAAGACGGAAGCACGUAGGAGUUUACGUGGGUCUCUGCUCUUUUGAGUACGAGAUCAACAUUGGCUGUCACCCGACUAGCGCCUUCACUGCAACUGGAGGCUUGAGGAGUUUCAUCCCCGGCCGAUUGUCGCAUUAUUUUGGUUGGACCGGGCCUGCGUUGACGGUUGAUACCGCCUGCUCAUCAUCCACUGUGGCACUUCACACAGCCUGCCGAGAUCUGCUCUCGGGCGAAGUCCCGGCCGCGCUUUGCGGCGGUGUUAAUGUCUUGACCAAUUUGCAAUGGACACAAAACCUCGCUGCCGGUAGCUUUAUUAGCCCGACGGGACAGUGCAAGCCUUUCGAUACCGACGCUGACGGUUACUGCCGUGGUGAUGGCAUCGCCUACGUGUUCUUGAAGAAGCUCUCUACCGCCAUGGCCGACGGCAACAUGGUCCUGGGAACUAUCCGCGCUACCGGUGUCAACCAGAACUUCAACUCCACGCCACUGUUUGUCCCUAAUGUACCUUCGCUAUCAACACUAUUCAAUGACGUGAUCCGCAAGGCCCGCGUGGAGCCGCAUGAGAUUUCGUUAGUCGAGUGCCACGGCACUGGCACCCCCGUCGGAGACCCUGCCGAGUACGAAAGCAUUCGCAUGGCGGUGGCUGGCCCCUUGCGCCAUACCGUUGUGCCCGUUGGCUCAGUCAAGGGCAACGUUGGCCACACCGAAGGUGCAUCAGGCAUCGUUUCCUUGAUCAAGGUCCUCACCAUGAUGAGAGAAAACUUCAUCCCUCCACAAGCUAGCUUCAACAAAAUGAACCCUCAUAUCCACGCGAAGCCAUCAGACAUGAUGGAGGUGGUGACCGAGUUACGGCCCUGGAAAGAGAGCCGAAAGGUCGCUCUCAUCAACAACUACGGUGCCUGCGGAAACAAUUCGAGCGUGGUGGUUUCCCACACGACUCACCAGCCUACUAGAACCCUAUUGACCGGCUCAUCGGCUUCGAUAGCUCGAUUCCCCUUCUGGAUUUCAGGAUUCGACGCCCGCAGCAUUGCAGCUUACAGCACUGUACUAGUUCCUUAUCUACAAGCACAUGCUGGGUCCGUAGAUGGACAAGCGACUCUCGCGGAUGUGUCUUUCAACAUGAAGCGACAGUCAAACCCCGGCUUGCCUCAAGGGCUGAUCUUCAGCUGCUCUUCAUUGAUGGAUCUACAAGACAAGCUUUCUCAGACAGCCUCAGCUACCACGGGCACAGCUGCCAGCAUCGGCAUUGCCCCAGUAAAGUCCGAGAGACCCGUCGUCUUGUGCUUUGGUGGUCAGGUGUCGACCUUUGUGGGGCUAGAUCUCGCAUUGUACGAAGGCGUGGCCGUUUUACGCCAUCACCUGGACCAUUGCAACGCUGCCAUCAUGUCCCAAGGCCUGGAUGGUAUCUAUCCCGACAUAUUCUCGUCUGAGCCUAUAAAGGAUGUAGUCAAGCUCCAGACCUGCCUCUUCGCUAUGCAGUACGCCUCCGCUAAGAGCUGGAUAGAUUGUGGGCUCAUUGACAAGGUUGUAUCUGUUGUAGGCCACAGCUUUGGCGAGAUUACAGCUCUCUGCAUCUCGGGCGUAUUGAGCUUGGAAGACACCGUGAAAUUAAUCGCUGGCCGAGCCAGGCUGGUGCGGGAUGCCUGGGGACCUGAUUCGGGUGCCAUGAUAGCUGUCGAGGCUGACGAGGCAGUUGUGCACGAUGUUCUGAAGGAGUCUAACCUCCGAUCGGACGGGUCGGCAGGCAUCGCCUGCUACAAUGGUCGCCGCAGCUUCACUGUUGCUGGGUCGUCACAAGGCAUUGACGCUUUCGCCAAAGCGUUAGCUGAGAAGAGCAACUUGGUUGAGGGAAUAAAGAGUAAGCGUCUAAAUGUCACCAAUGCCUUCCACUCCACUCUAGUGGAGGGCCUUAUGGGCCGCCUAGGCGAGCUCGGUAAGAAAUUGACCUUUAAUGACGCGGCCAUUCCGAUCGAACGAGCCACCGAGCAUGGCGAUUCGACCGCUAAGGUAGACUGGAGUUUUGUCGGGUCUCAUAUGCGCCAACCAGUCUUCUUCGAUCACGCCGUACAGCGCCUCACCAAGAAGCACCCGGAAGCCAUCUUCCUUGAGGCAGGUUCCAACUCGACCAUCACUGUCAUGGCAUCCCGCGCACAUGCCCAAGCAGCCACCAAGGCUUCUGACACCCUUCACUUCCAGUCCGUGUCCAUUACAAAUACCAAGAAAGGAUUGGACGGACUCACGGACGCAACUGUGGCCCUUUGGAAACAAGGUCUGCGCGUGUCUUUUUGGCCACACCAUCGUUUUCAGACAAACGACUACGCGCAGCUCCUCCUCCCACCGUAUCAGUUCGAGAAGUCGCGGCAUUGGCUCGAGCUGAAAUCGCCUAAGGAGAUAGUCCUCAAGGCUGCCCAGGACCUGAUCGCCUCGGAAGGCAGUGGGCUGCUGUUGGGUGGAGGAGCACCGGGGCCGGAAAUCGAAGACCCCAGGACUCUACCCAUAUGGACCUUCGUCGGCUUUCAGGGGAACAAGAAGCAGCCGAAGACCGCGCGGUUCCGUAUCAAUACCGCGUCAGAUAAGUACCAGCGUCUGUUCUCAACCCACGUCAUCGCCGAGACGGCACCGAUGUGCCCCGCCACGCUCGAGAUUGACAUUGCCAUCGAGACUGCUUUUAACCUGAACCCAGACUGCCGAUCUAGCGGGUACUCGGCGGUGGUGCGUGACAUGAUCAGUCAUUCGCCCAUAUGCGCUGACUCCACGCGCGUCCGCUACAUAGAUCUGAAGGCUGUCAAUCAUACCGAGACUGAGUGGUACUUCACCAUUCACAGCGGGGGUGAUUCCACCACGGCACCCAUCACGGAGAAGCACGCCGAAGGUCGCGUCCAGCUGUGCUCGCCCACCGAGCAGUCUUACGUCCAGGAGUUCGGCCGUUACGAACGCGCCGUCAGCCACGCGCAGUGCCAAUCCAUCCUUAAACUGGGACCCAAUGAUGAGGGCGUGGAGGCGCUGCAGGGUCGCAACGUGUACCGGGCCUUCGAACCAGUCGUCAUUUUCGGCUCCGUCUACCAGGGCGUGAAGUCCGUGAUAGGCCGCGAGGGUGAAAGCGCCGGAGUCGUGCACAAACGACACAGUGGUGAUACCUGGCUCGAUGUCCCCAAGGCCGACUCAUUCGGUCAGGUCGCCGGCAUGUAUGUGAACUUGUUGACCGACCUCCCGGCGAGCGACAUGUACGUCGCCACCGGCCUCGAGCUGACGAUGCGCUCGCCCAAGACCGAGACCGUAACUGAUGGGCGCGAGAACGGCCCCGGUGUCUGGCAUGUGCUUGCGCGCCACGCACGCAUGUCUGACAAGGCCUUUGUGACGGACGUUUACAUAUUCGAUGCCGAGACGGGGGCCCUGGAUGAGGUCAUCAUGGGUCUCAAGUAUGCUCGAGUCGCCAAGGCCACGAUGGGUAAGAUCCUAGCGAGGUUCACAGCGGAUAAGUCGGUGCUAAGGGGCACUGCAGCCUCUGCACCAUCGUCUGCCCCCGCUGUUCCCGCCGUUUCCGCGCCUGUUCAGGCCAAGCCCCCCCGCCCAGAGGCAAAGGUUUCAAGGCCCAGUAGCAGGAAGGGGAAGGCAAAGGCUCCCGGCAAGAUCGAUAUCACAGAGGAAGUGCGCAAUGUAGUCGCCAACGUUUCCGGUAUCGAUGCUAGCGACAUGACACUAGAUAGCGAGAUGGCUGAUCUAGGCAUCGACUCGCUGAUGGGUAUGGAGCUGGCACGCGAGGUAGAAAAUACCUUCAAAUGCACACUCGACCAGGCCGAGCAGAUGGAAGCCACAAACCUUCGCCAGUUCAUUGCAUGCGUAUCGAAUGCUUUGGCUAGAGCCGGAGGAGACCUUGGUGGGGAACAGGAUGACGAGGAGGAACAGGAUAUCAGCGAGGACAAUGAGAGUGACUAUGACUCCGCUGUCUCUGGGGAGGGUGAUAGUAUGGUGUGGGUCAAUGACACAGCCUCUGAUAUCUCUACUCCAGACGACGCGUCAGAUUUCAGCACCGCCAAGAGGUUAGUUCCAAGCUCUCCGUUAGGUCCGGUCCCCACAACAACUGAUCCAUCUGCCGUAGAGGCGAAAGUGCUUAAUAGGGGCGAUGUGGCGGCACGUGAGGCAGAGGCGAAGCGCCUGGUGGCUGCCUACACGACAGGAUGGGAGUCGGACCUACCCGAGGCGGGCCGUACCACCACCACCCACAACCAUAAGGGAGCCACGGUAGUUGUGACAGGCGCAUCGGGCAGCCUCGGGUCACACCUCGUUCAGGCCCUCGCCAUGCGGGCAGAUGUCGCGAAUGUCGUGUGUAUGAACCGUCCCGUCAGCAAUGUGUCAGCGGAAGAGCGACAGGUAGAUGCCCUGGUUUCUAGAGGCAUCAAGCUGUCCCCCGUCGCACGCGGGAAGCUGCGGGUGUACGACACUGACACCUCUAAGCCCAAGCUCGGUCUUUCCGUCGAGGAGUACGCCUGGCUGGCGCAACACGGCACCCAUAUCAUCCACAACGCAUGGCCGAUGAGCGGCACACGGCCACUCAAGGCUUACGAGAUUCAGAUUAGAGUGAUGCGUAACCUGCUGGACCUGGCACGUGACAUGGCAACAACUACCAACCUGCACAAGGUUGGUUUCCAACUCGUCUCCUCCAUCGGCGUGGUCGGCUUUUCGGACGGACCCAACGUACUAGAGCAGCCCGUUCCUAUGGCCUCGGUGAUACCUAGUGGCUACAACGAAGGCAAGUGGGUGUGCGAACGCAUGCUUGCCGAGACACUCCGUCGCUACCCACAGUUCUUCCGAGCUUCGGUAGCACGGCCGGGACAGAUCUCCGGCUCGACCGCCAGCGGUGUCUGGAAUCCCGUCGAACACUUUCCUUUCCUAGUAAAAAGCGCGCAGGCGCUCAAGGCAUUUCCUGACCUUCAAGGGGUGCUACACUGGUUGCCUGUCGAUCGAAGCGCGGGCGUCAUGGUCGACCUAUUAAGACUUGACGACCGCAAUGAUACGGCGGAGGUGGCUCAGGUGUAUCACAUCGAUAACCCCGUCGGCCAGCCGUGGAAGAACAUGUCAGCAGUUCUCGCAGCCGCCCUCGAAAUACCGUCCCAUGGCAUCAUUCCUUUCCAGGACUGGGUCAAACGGGUUCGCCAGUCUCCUCUCUCCGAAAAGGAGAAUCCGGCGGCUCGUGUCAUCGGCUUUCUCGAAAGCCACUUUGAGCGCAUGGCCUGUGGCGGCAUCAUCUUAGACACGGAAAGAUCAAGUGCAGACUCUGAAACUAUGGCUAGGCAAGGGCCAGUGAGCGAUGAGGUGGACGACGCUGCAAGGCCUCUCCUCGCUGAUCAACGCCGGUCACGAGCUCGAGACGAAAAUGGAAACGGAACGGAGAAUGCUCCCCCGCUGCUAUCAACCCCGGCCCAGGAUGGAGGCACUUUUAUCAAAAACCUCGGUGCCCUGGAAGCUUUCGCCAUCGUCAUUAGCAUUGUCAUUGGAAGCGGCAUAUUCACAUCUCCUGGCUCUAUAGACACGAAUGUGCCGUCACCUGGUUCUGCUCUGGUUGUUUGGCUGAUUGGCGGUGUCCUCGCUUGGACGGGUGCAUCGACAAUGGCCGAGUUGGGAACUGCGAUUCCCGGAGAGGGUGGUGUGCAGCCAUAUCUCCAGUACAUUUUUGGCGAUGUUUUUGGCUUUUUGGCCGCUUGGACAUGGAUUGUGGCGGUCAUGCCGGCUACGCUCGCCAUCCUCAGCAUUGUAUUUGUAGAGAGCAUAUACUCUGCGAUAGGAGUGACAGAUCAGGCGGGGAAUAUUGAGCAUAAGCUCUUCUCCAUUCUUAUUCUUGUCGUCAUCAGCGUCGCCAAUUCUAUCAGCACUAAAGCCAGCACCCGACUAAACAACUUUUUCGUCAUCACGAAAUUCAUCACCAUCGCCGCCCUAGUAUUAGCAGGCAUAGUAGUCGCUAUACUCCAGGCUACAGACCCGCAGAGAGAUAUCGGUGGAAGAGAUUGGUUCCAGAAGUCAUGGUUUGGGAAUCGGGAAGUCAUCAAUCCCGAUGGAAGCAAAACCGACUGGAACAAACUAGGCGAGUGGGAAAUACUUGGUCACUACUCCGCGGCGCUAUACGGGGCUUUAUGGGCUUACUCGGGGUGGGAUAAAGCAAUCUACAUCUCAGCCGAACUUCGUUCACCGGCCCGUCAGCUGCCGCUCGCCAUCAACACCGCUGUCCCCACCAUCAUACUCUGCUUCAUCACUGCCAAUGCCGCCUAUUACAUUUUGCUGCCAUGGGACGUUGUCUCAACCACUGAUAGUGUAGCUGUGACUGCGAUUACUCGUCUCCUAGGUCGCGGAUUCGGUAUAGUGGCCGCGAUACUCAUCUGUCUAGUUGUCGCAGGUUCCCUCCUCGGUAACUCAUUUGUCGCCGGUCGCAUGGCGGUCGCAGCAGCAAACUCAAACUGGUUCCCCCGCUUUUUCGCCUCAGUCGGUUACAUUGGAUUGAAGCCGAGGACAGAAGCGGAAGAGGAAGAGGAGCCAUCAUCCCCUGAUGAAAUGCCCAGUCCUCCCUGUGCAGCUAAAUCUGAUGCUCCAAUUAACGCCAUAUUGCUUUCAGCUAUCCUAUCUGCCCUGUACAUCCUUCUUGGAAACUUCCGCGCGCUUCUGACCUUUAAUGGCUUGGGCGAAUACUCGUUUUUCUUCCUAACCGUCUCAGGCGCCAUCGUUCUAAGGUACCGUGAGCCAGACCUACGCCGGCCGUAUAAGCCAUUCAUUCUUGUUCCAAUAGUCUUCGCCAUCGUAAGCGGGUUUGUGGUCAUCAGAGGAGCCUUCUUCGCGCCGGUGCUUGCUCUAGUGGUUAUUGUUGUGUGGGUUAUUGGCUUGGGGUUUUAUUGGAUUAGGAAAACAUUGGGUGCAGGACAAGCAGAGUAA